CCUUUCAAUUCACAUUUCCUGCUGUGAAACUGCUGAGAAAAACCAAAAUGACAGAGGCAUCUUUAAAAAUCUUAGAGACAGGCCCUACCUGUAGAGAGGACAGGAAGGCGCUGAGAUCUGCUCUUCUUACAAUAACUGGAAGACUCUCCAGGGGAAAAAUACUGUUUCCUUAUCUCUGGGUCGCUUUUCAGCCAUGGCCAUCUCUCCUGGAUGUGGACCUUUUGUGAGGGAUUUUGACAAUAGGGGAGGUAAAGAUUUCCGAAAGAAAUGCCUAGCAAUGAUAUCUCCUGUUACACCUGCCAAGCUUUACUGCUGCAUCGUGAUUAUCUUUGUGCUUAUAGCCCUAGAUGUGGUGUUAUUUUCUGUUUGGGUGGCAGUGAGAAGCAGAGAGCCAGACUCACAUGUUCUGUAUGUCACUUGCCCAAAAGGAUGGAUUGGAUUUGGGUGUAAGUGUUUUUAUUUUUCGGAAGACUCAAAGAGUUGGACAUUCAGUCAGACAUUCUGUACUUCACUGGGGGCUGUUCUUGUUCAGUUUGAAACCGAGGAGGAGCUGAACUUUCUGAAAAGAUACAAAGACUCUUCCGACCAUUGGAUUGGCCUUAGCAGAGAAUCAUCACAUCAUCCUUGGAAGUGGACAGACAACUCUACAUAUAAUGCCUCAUUUGUCAUCACAGGAACUGGGGAAUGUGCCUACCUGAAUGACGUUAGAAUUAGUAGUUCCAGGGUAUACGCAAAUAGAAAAUGGAUUUGCAGCAAGACAAAUAUCACCCAGCCAUUUCUGACCUUUUGUGACCCCAUGGGCUGCAGAACUGGAGAAGAAAAUGGCAACACACUCCAUUAUUCUUGCCUGGAGAAUCCCAUGGACAGAGGAGUCUGAUGGGAUCACAAAGGGCCGGACACGACUGUAGUGACUUGGCUUGGCAUGGUAGGGACUGCAGAACACAAGGCUUUGUGAUUCUUGUAAUACUUUUUGUAAAUCUUGUAGUAUUCUUGUGAAAUUUUGAUAAAGUCAGUUUUGUAUCUAUUUUUAUAUAUUGUAUAAUUAUAUUUUUAUACAUACUUGA